AUGAGUCCAGAUCGUAUGUUCGAAAGUGCUACAUCAAAAUCGUAUCAUUUUCAAAUACGCGGCCUAAAACAGGACUAUAAUGACUCUCAGGAGUUCAAGGAUCACAUGAACAACUGGUUGAAGGCCCUUCCUCACUCAUCAAAGCAGCUGAGGGUACGGGACGCAAGACUACCAGAGAGCCAUGUAGCACAGAUAAAGCUCCGACUGAAAAAUUCCGAGCUCGACAGGACGCUGAAGUUGGCUAUCGGGCAGCUUUGCGACGCCCUUUGCAGGCGCGAUAACAGAGACUUUAUUAAAAAACUUACAACCAGGAAUAUUCUCGGCAUUUCUCCUCUUCAGCCAGAGGUGGACUUGCAAUUCCGAUUCUCACUCGCUGCGGCAACUUCUCGAGGAUUAUCAGACUGCCUGGGAAAGAUUAUCCCACCAGACGCGCCACUCGAGAAGCCUCAGAAGACGAAAUUGAACGAAGGAACUUCAUUUCUCAAAGCUUUAAAAGAUCUCAGCACACCCAAAGGCGUGUCAACAGACGAAUUGAGUCAGGCCAACGAGCAGCUGCAAAACUCCAUAAAAGCCUUGGCAGAUAGCACAAUAUUACUUCCAGAGAAUCUGAGAGUGAGCUUAGACGUUGAAACAGUGGACAACUGGUUAAAGACGACGAAACUUGAUUGCGCAUCUGUAUCCGUGUCUGUAAUACAGAUCACACUGAGCAAUGAUACUAUACUGGAGUAUUUCAUUAAAAUGUGCCAGAAUUAUGAUCCGAACAAAGGCAUGGCUGCUAGCGCAGCUGGAAUUUUGGGAGGUGCCGCCACUGCCUUGAUGGGUAUGGGGACGGCAACCGUACCGAUCACACAGCUUUCCUUUGCCCAAGUCCUCACUACUAUUAGCACAGGAGCCUUACCCACGGCAGCCACUGUUACAAAUCCCAUAGUACUGGGCAUAGGCGUCGUAGUUGCAGCGGUGUCGUUGGCCAAAGGCAUUUCCCAGUCGGACUGGACUCUUUUUGUCAAAAUUGUUCGAAAAGUCUUCUUAGAAGUUUACAUUUUCCGUCAGUGGAUACAGAGGUCCAGAUCGAGCAGAGGCAUGAGAAGGAGCUUUCUAGAGCAACAUGGCAAAGAGAUUACUGAUCGAUGGAACCGAUUCAUAGCUAGCCGCUUGCAAAUACCACAAAGAAGGCGUCAACGGUGCAAUAAGGUUUCAAAAACGGCAGAACGUACCAAUGGCGACGAGGCAGAUCCCAGGGAUGCCUUGCGCUACAUCAGAUCGUAUCUGAGAACCCAAGUGGAGGAGCUGUCAUCGGCUUUGAGAGUCGACUCUAGUGACGAGGAGUCCGACAACGGCUCGGAUCGCGGUCGCGAUAUUGUUGACUAA